CGCUGAUUGGUUAAAUUUGAAAAAAAUUUAGUCCGCGAGGUAGAGGGAACGUUGGAGCUGGAAGCAAGAAAUCAAACCAUAACAAUUCACCAUGAUACGACCUACGAAGCAUAAAACCCCCCGUAGAGCUGCUCCAAAGAAGCCAUCCAGCAACCAGAAAGAUCCAGUUGGUGUUUACUGUCGUGUGAGACCUCUUGGAGUGGAGGAUGAGGAGUGUUGUAUUGAGGUGAUCAGCAACACCACCAUCCAGCUACACGCUCCUGACGGACUCAAAGCCAACAGGAAUGGAGAGUUCAAGGAGACGCAGUACUCCUUCAAGAAGGUGUUCUGCAUUAAGACGUCCCAGAUGGAAUUGUUUCAGGAUGUUGCCAAGCCCCUCGUGGAUGACCUCAUUCACAGUAAAAAUGGUCUGCUGUUUACCUAUGGGGUGACGGGCAGUGGGAAGACCUUUACUAUGACUGGGUCUCCAGGACAGGGGGGGCUCCUGCCUCGCUCCCUGGACAUGAUCUUCAACAGCGUCGGCCCUUACCAGGCCAAACGAUUCGUGUUAAAGACAGAUGAUAAGAAUGGUAUGGAGGUCCAGAAUCAGGUGGAUGCUCUGUUGGAGCGCCAGAAGAGGGAAAACCAGCCAACUGUUGUCCCUAAAACACCCUCCAGGCAGAGGCUGGACCCAGAGUUUGCAGACAUGAUCAACCCAGAGGAGGCCUGCAGGGCGGACGGGGUGGACGAGGACAGUAGCUACAGUGUGUUUGUGUCCUACAUCGAGAUAUACAACAACUAUAUCUAUGAUCUGCUGGAAGAAGCCCCCUACGACCCCAUCAAACCCAAGUGGAAUGGAGGAGGUACUCCUCAGAGGCAGCCCAACCAAGAGUUCAUACCGCCCCAGUCUAAGCUCCUAAGAGAGGACCAGAACCACAACAUGUAUGUGGCCGGCUGCACCGAGGUAGAAGUGAAGUCUACAGAAGAGGCCUUUGAAGUGUUCUGGAGAGGACAGAAGAAGAGGCGUAUAGCCAACACUCAGCUCAACAGAGAGUCCAGCCGCUCCCACAGUGUCUUCAUCAUCAAACUGGCCCAGGCCCCUCUAGAUGCAGAUGGGGACAACAUCUUACAGGAUAAGAACCAGGUGAGCGUCAGUCAGCUGUGCCUGGUUGACUUGGCGGGGAGUGAGCGCACAAGCAGGACCCGGGCUGAGGGCAGCCGCCUCAGAGAAGCAGGUAACAUCAACCAGUCGCUCAUGACUUUGAGGACGUGUAUCGAAGUGCUUCGGGAGAAUCAGAUGUGUGGCACAAACAAGAUGGUUCCAUACCGUGACUCCAAGGUGACUCACUUGUUCAAGAACUACUUUGACGGGGAGGGUAAAGUACGUAUGGUUGUAUGUGUCAAUCCUAAAGCCGACGACUACGAAGAAACCAUGCUGGUGAUGCGUUUUGCUGAGAUGACCCAGGAGGUGGAGGUAGCCAGGCCCGUGGACAGGCCCAUCUGUGGCUUAGCUGCUGGGCGCCGGCAGAAGAACCAAGCCUUCAAAGACGAGUUGUCACGGCGCCUGGAGGAACGAGGAGGUCCUGUCAAUACAGAGUCCACCCAGUCAGUGAUGCACCAACUGCUCCAGAACCUUCCCCCUCUGCCUGCCAGCGAGAUCACGGACCCCCAUGAUGACGUCACUCUGCCCCGCCUCAUAGAGGUGCUGGAGAAGAGACACAAGAUCAGGCAGAUGAUGACCCAGGAGUACAACAGGGCUGCCGACAUGUUGAAGUCCAUGCUCCAGGAGCUGGACAGUAGCCUGGUCUCCAAGGAGAACUUGAUCCAGGACCAGAGAGGUCAACUGGGGGAGAAGGACAAGACCCUUCAUAGCCAGAAGACUGAGAUUGACCGUCUGGAGAAGAAGUCCAAGAUGCUGGAGUACAAGAUUGAGAUCCUGCAGAAGACCACCAACAUCUAUGAGGAUGACAAGCGUACGCUGCAGCAGGAGCUGGAGAGCCGAGAGCAGCGUCUGCAGAGAGAGCAGACGGAGAAGAGACGCAUGGAGCAACGCAUGCAGGGCAUGGUCCAGGACACCAAGCACAAGUGGGAGAAGGAGUGUGAGCGUCGUGUGUGCGCCAAGCAGCUGGAGAUGCAGAACAAGCUGUGGGUGAAAGACGAGAAGCUGAAGCAGUUGAAGGCCAUCGUGACGGAGAGCAAGACCCCCUCAGACCAUGGCCCCGCCCCCGACAAGCACCAGCGCCCCGCCCCCGACAAGCCCCAGCGCCCCUCCCGGGAGAGGGACCGCGUUCCCGCCAAGAGAUCGGCCUCGCCGUCACCCGUUCCCACGGGCCCCCCGGUGCGUGCGGUCCACAGGCGCUCUCACUCUGCGGGCGGGGAGAGGUGGGUGGACCACAAGCCGUCGUCUAACGUGGAGCUGGACACGGUGAUGCAGCCCAUCCUGGGUUCCAACGCCAUUAAAGUCUCGGCCCCCAGCGAGAAGGCCCUAGCCAAGUGUGACAAGUACAUGCUCACUCACCAAGACGUGGCCUCUGAUGGAGAGAUACAGACCAAACUCAUCAAGGGUGAAGUGUUCAAGACACGAGGGGGAGGACAGGCGGUCCAGUUCACUGAUAUAGAAACUCUGAGACAAGAGCUGCCCACUGGACCAAGCCGUAAGAGGAGGUCGUCAGAGGGCAACACUGCCCAGGGGGGCGACCGUAUGGAGGGAGACUGGACAGAUGUGGAGACCAGGUGUUCUAUGGCUGUGGAGAUGAGGGCUGGAUCUAACCUGGGUCCAGGCUACCAGCACCAUGGACAUCAAAAACGCAGAAAGCCCUGAAGAUCCUGUCUGGGCGGCUCCAUACACCCCCCCCCUGUCCUCAUCCCUCCUCAGCCCUCGCCCCUCCCUCAGCCCUCGCCCCUCCCUCAGCCCUCGCCCCUCCCUCUGUCCUCGCCCCUCCCUCUGUCCUCGCCCCUCCCUCUGUCUCGCCCCUCCCU